AUCACAGCAGUUAGCCAAACGGCAGCCUGAACACACACACACACAGGCACACACACAUUCACACACACACAGCAAGAGUGAGGACGUAAAAAGAGAGAGUUGCAAGAGAGACGAAAAGAAAUCCUCUCCUGGUUGUUUUGCAUUCCUGAUAUGACCCUGUUCAGCCCAAGAUACAUGAGCAUGAGUGGAGAGUUGAAGUCCAGCCGCUCCAGGGCAGCAAGUAAGAGGGCCAGCAACACCACUUAUGGAUCUGAAUUCGACCUGGACUAUGACAGCUACCACGAGGACUACUAUGACAGGGUGUAUGACUAUCAGCGUGUGCCGGCGUCCCUGUCUCCUCUGCCGCUGGGACCAAGUCUGGCCAAGCGACCCCGUUCCUCCUCCUACUCCACUGGGCACAGACGCAGUCGAGACAGAACCCACUCCAAAAGCUCCAGAGCCCACUCCACUAGUUCAACCACAGCCAAGUUGGGCAUGGAGGAGUUGCAGGUGAUUAAAAAGGAGCUGACUCUGAUAAAGACACAGAUCGAUGGGCUGCUUGACAGUCUUGACAGGAUGGACACACAGAGGAAUGACCACAAAGGGUCUCCCCUGAGAGAGGACAGUCCAGCUGGCUCACCGUACGCUCUGUCUGCCAGCAGCCCCGAGCACUCCCUCUCCUCCCUCUCUCCACCCAGCUCCCGCCAUCGAAUCCACAGGGAGGACCCUGACCUGAGGGAGCCUGAUGAUGACAACCACACGAUGAGCAACCACAGCUCUGACCCCGAAGAGGAAAUAUGAGGGAGGAACAAGAGAAGACGUAGAAGACAUGGAUUAAGUGCCAAACAUGGAGGAAAAGAACAACAACCGUCAAGCCAACUCUCAUAUCAGUGGCUCAACUCCCCUCCAACAGGGUGUACAUAUCAGAUAACAUAUUACAUUUAAGUGUAUCACAGCAGCUUCUUUUCUGUGACCAUACUUCUAAGUCAAACUGAAACACAAGUGACUUAUAUACACCAGGUACACACACAUCUGAUUGAGAAGAAUUUGUCAGACUAAAGGAGUGACAGACAGAGUAAUUAUAACGAACAACUGGAAGCACGGAGGUGAAUUUAACUUUUUAUAAUCCGCCCUAAGUAGGCAUUCCUAUUAUAUGAUAUGAGAGUUUGCACCAAUGCCAAUAUUUCAGUAUUAAUCCAAAUGAGACAAAAGGGUUCUCUGAUUAAAACACUGUGUAAGGAGCUUACCACUUUAUCUCAUCCACAUUAAAAGCCUUUUUCUAAAACAGGCAGCACAUGCCACUAUCACACUGUACAUACAGUAAUAAUCUAUGUGUAGUCAGUGGGUUCUGCACCAUGUUUCUGCUGUUUCACCAGUUUCUCCCCAGAACAAAACUCUCACAUCUUUAAUUAGAUAAUGUAAACCAUGCAAACAGCCUACUUAAGAUUUAUUAUUUUCAGAAUAAGUUGAAUAUUGUGUAUAUGUACUGUAAAAUGAAAGUUCCCUCUGUGGAUCUCAAAGUAUUUUGACUUGUGACAACAAAAGAAAUGUGUAAACUCUCAAAUAUGAUCUUUCAGCAGGGCUCUUUGUUGACGCCUGACUCACUUUUUGUCUUUAUUUUAUACUUCUAAACACAGUUUAGCUAGUCAAAGUACUGUAAAUUGCAGUAAUUCUUAAGAAACUGAAUAAUCACACUGAUCAUCAGGAGAUAAACUGGUUGUUUUCUGCUCUGUCUCUGAGUGUGACUCUACUUCAUAUCUAUUACAAGAAUGUUACAGCUCUCUUCCCCCAUGUAUUUGGCACUUGUGAGACAUGCAAAGGCCCAGGUCAGUGUGUAAUAUUGUGUAUUAUUGUAAACUUUACUGUAAUUGUUGAACUGUCUGAUUUUAAUCUUGAUUUAGGACUUCUCACAUUUUUUUUUUUUAAGAAAACGAUGUUAUUCCUAUGGUGUUACAUGUUUUUGUUUGCAUUCUUAAGAUAAGCCAAGUGGAAAUACUCAUUGUCACAGUAGUAAAA